AUGAGGAUGGCCGUGGGCUCAGUCAAGAUGCAGCCUCCGUGCGAGAGCCCGGCCUUGGCCCGGGCAGUGGCGGUGGCAGCGGCUGACAGCGCCCUGCGCCGCAGCCCCUGCGCCCAGGAGCCCGCGCGCGAGCAGCCGCCGGUGCCGCCGAGGCCGCGGCUCAGGGACCUGCCGGCGCUGCUGCGGAGCGGGCUCACGCUGCGGAGGAAGCGGAGCGUGGCCGGGGCCCGGGCUCACGCGAGAAGAAUUUCCAAUCCGUACCUUGAACAUACUUCUUCUCAGAUUUAUGGGGAGAAUUCUUCUUGCGCGGGAAGAGCGCUGAGGAAUAUCAUCAUCGUCCAGGCAGCUGACCUGAUAAAGGACAGAGCCAACUUCAAGGGAUUUUACAGGAGAAGCUGCGUCGGGUCAGAACUUGUUGACUGGCUUCUAGAACACUGUCCUUUCGUCCAGUGCAGAUCUAUGGCCAGAGGGGUCUGGCAGCUCCUACUGGACAUGGGGAUUAUGUCAUCAGUGGACCAGCAUUUAUACUUUCAGGACACCUAUGUGUUCUAUCAGUUUUCAUCUGAUGAAUGCAGCUACUUGUACUGUGAAUUUGAACGAGAAGAAGAAUGGCAAAACGGUGUCAAACUGUUACUACAGCUUGUGCCUGUCAUUCCCACCAGAGAUGGCAUCUGUGAACUGUCUCAUCAGAAAAUUGAAGACUCAGAAGAAAGCAGUGAUGAAAUUCUUGCUCGUCUAACGUCUGCGGUGCAGAGAGAACUAGCAGCUGUUAUUGCUUUGAAAGCGAAGAAGUCUGCAAUUGAACAGGAUGAGGAAAGCAGUGACAAGCACAGAACUGUGGCCGAAGCUGAAGGUGUUCCCGAUUCUCAGGCAGGGGUGAUGUGCAAGCUUCAGGAGAGAGAUGACAUCAGGCGAAUCGAACUGGUCCAGAAGCUGGCGAGAGAAAACUGUCAGUUUUUGCAGACAGACAAAAAAGAACAGGAGAAAUCUGAACACCAGGAUGAUGAAGUGACAACUGUUAGAGAGCAAGAGCAGAAUGUCCUGGUGCUGAAGAAAGUGCAGCGCGGUGGCCCCGCCCCCCCAGGCGGGAGCAAAGACAGCGAUUGGAGAUACGUGGUCGUGUCCGGGACCCCAGAGAAGAUCUUGGAGCACCUUUUGAAUGACUUGCACCUGGAAGAAGUCCAGGACAAAGAAACAGAGACCCUCCUUGAUGACUUCCUUCUCACGUACACUGUCUUCAUGACAACCGACGACCUGUGCCAGGCGCUGCUGCGGCACUAUUCUGCUAAGAAGUAUCAAGGCAAAGAAGAAAACUCAGAUGUUCCUUGUCGGAAACGUAAGGUCUUACAUCUUGUUUCCCAGUGGAUUUCUCUCUACAAAGACUGGUUACAGGAAGAUGAACACUCCAAGAUGUUUUUAAAGACCAUAUACAGGAACGUGCUGGAUGAUGUAUAUGAAUAUCCAAUACUUGAAAAAGAACUGAAAGAAUUUCAAAAGAUACUUGGAAUGCAUCGUCGUCACACCGUAGAUGAAUAUUCACCACAAAGGAAGAAUAAAGCCCUUUUCCACCAAUUCAGUCUUAAGGAGAACUGGCUUCAGCAUAGAGGAACUGUGACCGAAACAGAGGAAAUUUUUUGCCAUGUGUACAUAACAGAGCACUCCUAUGUCAGUGUGAAGGCAAAAGUUUCCAGUACAGCCCAAGAGAUCCUGAAAGUUGUGGCAGAGAAGAUCCAGCACGCAGAAGAGGAUCUGGCUCUGGUGGCCGUCACAUUCUCGGGGGAAAAGCAUGAACUUCAACCAAAUGACUUGGUCAUCUCCAAAUCUCUGGAAGCAUCUGGUCGGCUACACGUCUACCGGAAAGACCUGGCUGACACUUUGAACCCAUGUGCUGAAAAUGAGGAAUCACAGCAAAGGCCGUUGAGGAUUUUGGGAAUGAACACUUGGGAUCUUGCUCUGGAAUUAAUGAAUUUUGAUUGGAGUCUCUUCAAUUCAAUUCACGAGCAAGAGCUGAUCUAUUUCACAUUCAGCAGACAAGGAAGUGGGGAGCACACCGUGAACCUCAGCCUUCUGCUCCAGAGGUGCAAUGAGGUCCAGCUCUGGGUGGCCACGGAGAUUCUGCUCUGCAACCAGCUGGGCAAGAGAGUGCAGCUGGUGAAAAAGUUCAUCAAAAUCGCCGCUCACUGCAAAGCCCAGAGAAACCUGAAUUCUUUCUUUGCUAUUGUGAUGGGUCUCAACACUGCUUCUGUCAGCCGGCUGUCACAGACCUGGGAGAAAAUCCCUGGGAAAUUUAAGAAACUUUUCUCUGAACUUGAAAGUCUAACGGAUCCUUCCCUGAAUCACAAAGCCUACAGAGAUGCAUUCAAAAAGAUGAAGCCGCCCAAAAUCCCUUUCAUGCCCUUGUUGCUUAAAGAUGUAACAUUUAUUCAUGAGGGAAAUAAAACAUUCUUGGAUAAUCUUGUCAACUUUGAAAAGCUGCACAUGAUUGCAGACACCGUCCGAACCCUGAGACACUGCAGGACUAACCAGUUUGGAAGUGACAUGUCUCCAAAAGAGCACCAAGAGUUAAGAGCCUACGUCAACCACCUGUAUGUCAUUGACAGCCAGCAGGCCCUGUUUGAGCUCUCGCACAGGAUCGAGCCGCGGGUGUGAGCCCCGCCCCCGAGGGACUGCAGCGCUCGGAGCUCCGGAGGCAGUGCCCGCACGUCCCUCCCCACGAGGAAAGGAGUUGCUGAGUUUUAUCAGCAACUCACAAGACACACACAGGAAAGCCCACCAAAGCCUGCUCAGGAAGUGACACCAGCCACCGAGAGGGGGGAGGCCUCUCCUCGCCGCUCUCGGAAGGAGAAGGCGGAAGAGUCAGAGCUUCUUGAAACGGAGAAGUCUGGUUUCUGAUGCUGACAAUGUCGAUCCCAUCCAGCUUCCAACUCCAGAUGUGCCAGCACCAAGACAAGGGGGCAUGUCUUGUUACAGGGACCAAAUGUUUCAGGAAGAGUGUGCAUGAAAAAGGAACCCGUGUUACUGUGCCUGGGAGCAGGCUGGGAAGAAAGCGGCUUGUUUGAACACCAGAAGACGGUGAUGGCAUCUCCCAGUUUCCAGGGGGGAGGCGUGGUCUCUGUCGAUACAAGCGGUCACCUCAGCAAAGGCCACCUGUGUCUAGGGAGUGAGGGAGGACCAGCAGCUGGCAUCCAUGCGCUGAGUUCCAAAAGGGAAACGUCAAGGCAUGCACUUCUCUGUACCCACAACCACUUAGGGGUGUCAGCUCGCUGGUGAAAUUCACUUCUGCACGACUGAUUUGCAACUAUGGGCAAGUUAGGCUAAGUUGCCUUGCCGAUAAGGGAAAAGAGGAAUCUUUAGGAAGUGAACCCACUGUUUAAUUUCCGGGGCUUUUCUUUACAUGUGCAAACAGGCUCUCACCUGCUAUUGGAAAGAUGGUUUUUGAAGAGCACAGUGCCUGACACACUGCAGGCGCUCCGCAACUGCUCACCCAGGUGACGGAGUCCCAGAGGUCUGCAUUCUUGUGCCUGCGGGCACCCUGUGCUCCGCUCCCCUCGCCCACAGUGUGCAGGGAGGUGCAUGGCACUCUCUGGAGAAGAGCAAGGUAGGAAGAUGGUGCUGAUCGCCCAUCUCACGCUAAAUGCAAAGAGCCAGGAAAUAGCCAAAUGUCUGAUUUACCUUAGAUACUUAUGAGCCCUAGAGUUCACCCUCCAACCAAGACGGCAGCCUUCCUAUAACUUGUCUUUCUUUUUAAAGAGUCUUUGAAGUAUUUUUUUAUGCCCAUUUUUAUAGAUUAGGGCUCCUCCAGUAAAUAAGACCCUUGCUGUUCUCGGAACUGGUUCAAGUUCCCUCGACCUUCACAAACGCCUGUGGAAUACAGUAGCGACACCCGCCCUCGCCAGCUAGAUCCUCGUCACGUUCCGACGUGCAGGGGCCCGGCUUCUGUGUCAGGCCCACUCGUGCCCCGCUCAGGUGAGCCCUGGCCACCGCCACCUGUUCACGGCUCAGGUGCCGCACAGAGCUGCUCCCCUGCCUCAUCGGCACGUCCUUCCUGAGCGGGGCCCUGUGCUUCCUGACCCCUCGCUAGCCAUGCUGUUUGCUGGGCUCGGGAACCACACUGAGCCCUAUCGGAAGGAGCCAGAUUUGGGGUUGACCUUCCAAAGAGAUUCAGUCUGUCCCAGCACGUAAAACUUCAGUCCUGAAAAGAACAGGAUUUUGUCGAAAGGCGCCAUCUAGGACGGGUCCUCUUAGAGAAACGCCCCUGGCUGCUGGGACUGGCGUGAGACCCACUGCAGGAGCCCGGAACCAGGGCAGACACUGGGGAGGCCUCUCCUGGCAUCGCUGAGGACGGCAGGGCUGGCAGCACACACAGGUGUUCUCGUCUGGGCCCUCUGCUGGCAAGUCCCCUGGCCCAGUCAGGUCAUCCAAGCCCGUUUCAGCAUUGUCUCCGUGUGUUGCCAUUUAAAUUUUUAUUCACAUAAGAUCCUCAUUGUUCCAACUAAAACUACUUCAGUUGUUCUAGCAGAGAGCUCUUUCAGCAGAGCACCUGUUGCUUAGACCUCAAUUCAAAUGUGCACAUGGCCCAGCAAAUCCAGCGGGCGUCCGGUUUAAACACAGCCUGACAGUGGGCAGAGUGCCCCGUGGCAUGGGUGGAAGCAGGCUGGCGAGAGCGUGGCGCUGUCCGCCGACUCCUCCAGCCGGGCUUGGGUGGCUCUCGGGCGGCUGAGGGAAGGGAGGGUUUUGUUCAGUUUAGAUUUGCUUUCCCAGCUCUAUCUUCUGAAUGUGAAAAUCUCCAAAUCUUUCUCAACUUUUUUUUUUUAUCCUCACCCAAGGACU